GGUUCAUAAGUUCAUUAGGCAAACAAUACUUAUUCUAAGCUAACAAGUUGUUGGCAUGAUGUUACUGAUUUCUUGAUUUCCUUAAAUAAGAUCUUGGAUUUAAAUUUUGUGCAUGAAAAAAAACAUGAUCAAAAUGAGAGAUCUUACUAAAGGUGGAUCAACCAAAUUCUUUAACAAAAAUUAGUCACUUAUUCCUAGCUUUUGAGAUUAUAAUCUUGCUUUAAAAAGCCACUAGUUGACUAACUUGAGCAAACUCACUAGCAUGGAGAUGGAGCUUCACAUUUCCUUAUCUACAAUCCUUCCUUUCUUCAUCUUAGUGUUCAUGCUAAUAAUCAACAUAGUUUGGAGAUCAAAAACCAAGAAUUCAAACUCCAAGUUGCCACCAGGACCAAGGAAGCUACCUCUCAUCGGAAACAUACACCACCUUGGAACUCUGCCUCAUAGAUCCCUAGCAAGAUUGGCAAAUCAAUAUGGUCCUCUCAUGCAUAUGCAGCUUGGUGAGCUAUCCUGCAUAAUGGUAUCUUCCCCCGAAAUGGCGAAAGAAGUGAUGAAGACACAUGAUAUCAUCUUUGCAAAUAGGCCUUAUGUGCUUGCUGCUGAUGUUAUCACUUAUGGCUCUAAGGGCAUGACCUUCAGCCCGCAAGGAACUUAUUGGAGGCAGAUGAGAAAGAUUUGCACCAUGGAACUGCUAGCACCAAAGCGUGUUGACUCCUUCAGAUCAAUCAGGGAACAAGAGUUGUCAAUUUUUGUCAAAGAGAUGUCUUUGAGUGAAGGGUCACCUAUCAAUCUCAGUGAGAAGAUUAGUUCAUUGGCAUAUGGGCUAAUAUCACGGAUUGCUUUUGGUAAAAAAUCCAAAGACCAAGAGGCUUAUAUAGAAUUUAUGAAGGGUGUCACUGAUACAGUUUCAGGGUUCUCUCUUGCUGAUCUGUAUCCUUCCAUUGGACUUCUUCAAGUUCUUACUGGGAUUAGGCCUAGAGUUGAGAAAAUCCGUCGAGGAAUGGAUAGGAUAAUUGAUAACAUUGUUAGGGAUCACAGAGACAAAAAUUCGGACACACAGCCUGUUGUUGGUGAAGAAAAUGGGGAAGAUCUAGUUGAUGUUCUUUUAAGGCUUCAGAAGAAUGGUAACCUCCAACACCCCUUAUCUGACACUGUUGUCAAAGCAACCAUUAUGGACAUAUUCAGUGCUGGAAGCGAGACGACUUCAACAACGAUGGAGUGGGCAAUGUCAGAACUUGUGAAGAACCCAAGGAUGAUGGAGAAAGCACAAAUUGAGGUAAGAAGAGUCUUUGAUCCAAAAGGAUACGUGGAUGAAACAAGUAUUCAUGAACUGAAAUACUUGAGAUCAGUUAUCAAGGAAACUUUGCGUUUGCAUACACCUGUUCCAUUGCUGCUUCCAAGGGAAUGCAGUGAGAGAUGUGAGAUUAAUGGGUAUGAGAUACCAGCCAAGAGCAAAGUCAUAGUUAAUGCAUGGGCAAUUGGGAGGGAUCCUAACUAUUGGAUUGAAGCUGAGAAGUUUAGUCCUGAAAGGUUCAUUGAUUGCUCAAUUGAUUACAAAGGUGGUGAGUUUCAGUUUAUUCCAUUUGGAGCUGGAAGGAGGAUAUGCCCUGGCAUCAAUCUUGGCAUUGUUAAUGUUGAAUUCUCACUUGCAAAUUUGCUUUUCCAUUUCGAUUGGAAGAUGGCUCCAGGGAAUAGUCCCCAAGAACUUGAUAUGACUGAAUCCUUUGGCUUGUCACUAAAAAGAAAACAGGAUUUGCAGUUGAUUCCUAUCACUUACCACACAGCUGCAUAAUUGAGUGUCAUUAACUCUUUAUCAUAAAUUGAAAAUCUCAGUUAGUUAUAUGAUGGAGAAAAUUUGUUUGGACUUAGGACCAUGGACAUGCAAUCUAGGACCACAUAAUUUCUCCAAGCUAAGGCCAUAACUGUUGUGUGCAGUUCCUAUCAGGCAUUGGCCACGUGUGGCCAAUAGCUAAUGUGUCAUCCUUCUUUCUCUCUUUUAAAAUUUGGCUUGUAUCCUAGAGUAAGUCCUUUAAAUUUAUUUUCUGUAAUUCACAGCCAUAACUCCAGAAAUUAGAACAUGAGUUUAAUUACUUUUAAGAUUCAUGAGACCGUACAGAGAAUCACUA